AUGUUUAAUCGCCCCUCUGUGCCCAACCCGUUCGCGUCCCGAGCUUCUCGAGAGGGUUAUGGGAACCCACCGCAGGGACAGGGACAUCCUCAGUAUCGGUAUGAAAGCGGCUCGCCCAUGCCUGGAUAUGGAGGGCCCCCGCAGCCUCCUCGAGCCCCCGCAGGAUCAGGCAAAGCUUGGUCUCUCCGCCCUGCCAAAAGCCCGGAUAACACCUACACCUUCGGCAACCUGGUUGCGGUAUCGACACAGGACAUCCCUCCCUCCCGCGACGGCCUUGACCUUUUGCUCCUUGUGAACGACCUCUACGUCUUCUCCGCGCGCCCACUCGAUGGAUUCCCGCCCGGACAUAUUAGCAUGUCGGAUCCCCAACGGACGUGGGCUGGCGUCGCGUUCACCGACAGCGUCAAAGUGCAGAUCUACGACCCUUUCAGCCAGGGCGGUCAGGCAUACUUGGGCUCCGCGGAUAUUGAAGUCGGGUUCGCGGGGAAGAAGAGGAUUGAAACGCCGUAUGAUCAGGAUGAACUUGCCAAUUAUGUGAUCAAGAACUUCGAAAACCAGAUCUUUUCACCGGGUCAGAAGAUCUUGAUGGAUCAUAAAAGCAUCCCUCUUCUUUUGACAGUCAAGACCGUCCAGCGGGUUGAUUUGAGCUCCGAGAAAAGCAAUUCUGAGGGCGGGCGUACCGAGACUGACCCCCUCGCACGAGGUAUCCUUACGAGACAUUCACAGAUCUCUUUCUUCAAAGAUGCUCGGACCGGUAUCAACCUCAAGGCGUCGAAUCGUCGCCCGGCGGCCAACUCUAUCAUCACACCGGAUUUCAAGUUCGAGAAUAUGGGAAUUGGUGGUCUCGACUCCGAAUUCAGCACCAUCUUCCGUCGUGCCUUCGCCUCGCGUAUCUUCCCCCCGGGUCUGGUUGAGAAGCUUGGAAUUCAGCACGUGAAAGGUCUUUUGCUGUACGGCCCGCCAGGAACGGGUAAGACGUUGAUUGCCCGGCAGAUUGGAAAGAUGCUGAACGCUCGGGAACCGAAAAUCAUCAACGGCCCCGAAGUUUUGAACAAGUUCGUCGGUCAAUCGGAAGAGAAUAUCCGGAAAAUGUUUGCCGAUGCAGAGAAGGAAUACAAGGAGAAGGGCGAAGAAAGUGGACUGCACAUCAUCAUCUUCGAUGAGCUAGAUGCCGUUUGCAAGCAGCGUGGCAGUGGCGCAGGUGGCGGUACUGGCGUGGGUGAUAGCGUAGUCAACCAGUUGCUCUCGAAGCUUGAUGGUGUUGACCAGCUCAACAACAUUCUGCUUAUUGGAAUGACAAACAGAAAGGAUAUGAUUGAUGAGGCGCUGCUGCGACCUGGCCGUCUGGAAGUACACAUGGAGAUCUCUCUCCCUGACGAGCAUGGCCGAAGCCAAAUCCUCAAGAUUCACACGCAAAAGAUGAGGGACAACAAUGUGAUGGAUAAGGAUGUGGAUCUGCCUGAGCUGGCUCUCAUGACCAAGAACUUUUCGGGUGCCGAAAUUGCAGGUCUCGUCAAGUCCGCAUCGUCCUUUGCUUUCACCCGACAUGUCAAGGUCGGCACGAUGGCUGGCAUUAGCGACGAUGUCGUGAAUAUGAAGGUUAACCGGGCCGAUUUCCACCAUGCCCUCAGUGAGGUCCAGCCCGCUUUCGGUGUCUCGGAGGAAGAGCUUUCCAGCCGUAUCCAGUACGGUAUCAUCCACUACUCGCUGGCUAUUAAUGAAAUCCUGAAGGAGGGAGAGCUUUUCGUGAAACAGGUUGGCGAAUCGACGCCUCUGUUUUCUGUCUUGCUGCAUGGCCCAACCGCAAGCGGAAAGACAGCGCUGGCAGCUCGAAUUGCCAUUGACUCGGGCUUCCCGUUUAUUAAACUCAUCAGCCCCGAGGACAUGGUUGGUUACAGUGAAAUGGCCAAGGUCCAGCACAUCAGCAAGGUCUUCGAUGAUGCCUACAAGAGUCGCACGAGUGUAGUCGUGGUUGAUAAUAUUGAGAGAAUCAUCGACUGGGUUCCCAUCGGUCCUCGAUUCAGCAACACCGUUCUGCAAACUCUGAUGGUCUUCCUUCGGAAGCAGCCGAGCAAAGAACGGCGUCUGUUGAUCCUGGCCACCUCGACAGAGAGGGCCGUGCUGAAGCAGCUGGAUGUUUACAACUCCUUCAACUCUGAUAUCAUGGUGCCUAACGUGAUGUCGUAUCAAGAACUGGAACACAUCAUGCAAAACUCGGGUGCCUUUGAGCCCGAGGAAAUCAAACAGGCGCUGAGAAGCAUUGGAGGCAUCGCGGAGGACAAGACCAUCGGUGUCGGCAUCAAGAAGAUUCUUUUGGGAAUUGAGACGGCCAAGCAAGAUGCCGACAAGGUUGGACGUUUCGUGCGUGUCAUUAACAGAGCGAUUGAGGAGGAGCGGACGUUCACGUAA